UCUCUUUUCUCCCGUCUCAUCUCUCACUCACUCUGUGACGCACCACACCAUACUCCUCUCCUCUCUUUCACUCUCACUCUCUCUCUUUGUCUCUCUCUCUCUUUCUAUCUUUCUCUCUCUUUCAUCUCCACUUUAACAUGGCUGCUUAUCUUAUUGCUCUGCUUCUCUUCGCCUUCACUUCCUCUUCAAGCGGUGGGGGUUUGUGGUGCGUAUGCAAGGACGGAAGCGACGCGAUGCUACAGAAAACAUUGGACUACGCGUGCGGUGCAGGUGCAGACUGUAACCCACUGCACCAGGGCGGUCCCUGUUUCCAACCUAACACCGUUAGGGCUCAUUGCAACUACGCCGUUAACAGUUACUUCCAGAAGAAGGGCCAAGCUCAAGGCGCUUGUGAGUUUGCCGGAACAGCCACCACCGUUACAUCUGACCCCAGCGCUAGUGGUUGUAUGUACCCUUCAACCGCCAGUGCUGCAGGCACUAGUUCAACACCUAUGACAAACACACCAUCAAUGGGCACUUCCACUGGAACAAACCCAUCAAGUGGCACCACCAGCACGGGCACUGGGACGGGCACUGGCACUGGCACCACUCCAUACAGUACAAGCCCUGUACUAGGAGGGAUUGGCAGUGGCGGCAUGGGGCCUUCCGGAUCUGGCAUGAACGACGAGAGUCACGGUGGGGUUAAACUUGUUAACAAUUAUUUGCUCUCUGCAUUCUCAGUAGCUCUCUUUUCCGCAUUCUUUAUGGUUUGGUGAGGUUGAUAGAGAGACAGAAAAAAUGGCCAUGACUCUAGUCUUGGGUGUUCAUGUUAUGUUGUAUGUCGCUGUGCAUAGAGUAUGCAUGUGUUGUGUUGUAUUUUUUGUAUUUUAUUUUAUUUUUCUAGGUGUUGAACUUGAAAUCUUUAGCUUUUUUACCUUUUUCUUUUUUCGUUUUUUCACCUCUUGGUUAAGUAAGAAACGAAGAUGGGCUUAUGGCUAGUAUGGGACUCAUCUGUUUUGGACCUAAAGAGGUUACUAGUUAAUUAAUUAAUUAAUUUGAUAUGAUUUGGGCUCCA